AUGGCCGAGAAACAAGACCAGCCCGCCCGCACGCCAUCGAUCGUUACACCCCGCGCUUCCGCACCGACGUUUAUCCCUACAUCUACCCAUCCAAAUUCAGGGGCUCACUGCAAGGCAAGGUUGCCAUCAUUACGGGUAUCGCGCCGUGCCAUAGGCCAAGCCCUCGCCGAGUCGUUUGCCGUGGCCGGCGCCGCGCUGGUGUUGACAUACAACCCGCACGCCGCCGCCCACCGAGCUGCGGGAGAGGCACUUGAACUCCACGGAAAGGUCGACAUCCUCGUCAACAACGCCGGCGCCAACGGGCUAGGACCACUGUACGCGCAAGACCCCCGCGACUUCAUCCACGACAUCGCCGUCAACUUCCACGGGCCAUACUACCUGAUGCGUCUGCUGCUGCCGCACUUCCGCGAGCAGCGCAGCGGUUGCGUGCUCAACAUCGCCUCGCGCGCCGGCACUGUCGCCCAUCCCGUACAGCACGACGCGAGAUGGACGUCGAAGGCCUCGACGACGUGCACUUGUACUCGCUGCACCCCAGGCGGCAUCAAGAGCGCCAUGACGCUGAAGAGUAUGGACUCCAUCUCACCCCUUAAUUCUCCCACACGCCCAACACAACCCAGCAACAACAUACAAAACCAACCCGCUAACCCUCCACCCCCUCCCCCAGAAUACGCCCAAGAAUCCGUCGCCACCCUCCCCCCGCAAGCGCACGCCUUCUUCGCCAACACGCUCGACAUCUACAACGACUCGCCCUACCUCAACGGUAUGGUGUGUGUGGCGCUGGCCACGGGACUGGGCAAGCGCGCCCUGCGCGGCAAGUACUUCGACGUCGGCCAGGACCUCGAGGACGUGCUCGCCCAGGAGGACGCCCUCUGCGCAGACCCUGAUUUGUACGGGCUGCAUACGAGCUUUUUGGGGGAGUUGACUAAUGUGGGGGUGCCGCCGGGGGGGUAUCAUGCGGAGGAGGUGAGGUUUGAGUUUCCGGGGUUUUGA